ACAACGGAAGAACUUCUUUGUGUUAUGGAUAUUCCGCCAUUAUCAGGGACACUCUUUUAUGAACUUCAAGAUGAGUUAUCUACGAUAUUAUCUCCAGAAUGUAACCCUGCAUCACUUUCUACCAAUGGCCUAUCAAGUAGUGGCAAUGAGAAUGAGGGUAUUACACAUGAUACAAAGGGUAUUACAUCGGUAGGAAGUAGCGAGACUUAUGACUGGUCUCAAUGGGGUCCAGCUGCGUUAAGGCAACCUAGAAAUAAAAGAUUAAGCCUAUCAGCGACAUCCAAACAAAAUAAACCCAAUGCUAUAAUACUAUUGGCGGAAGCCAAAGUAGAGCUGGCGAAGAUCCAACUGCAACUGGCAGAAAAUAAUAAAAUAAAUCAUGCAUGAGAGGGUUCAAGACUAGGCUAA